UCAGAUUAUUUUCAGYAAACGAACAAACCGAGAAAGAAUACGAUGUAUUCACGGAUGGCCAUGUCCAGGACCAAAUGGAUUUCCAAUCCUACCAUCCGAGAGAAGAAUUUSUGGUCUUUCCUUCCGACUCUCCUUGCACUGGCAAUUUUGUUCUCUGCUUUCGGGCAGGCUGCCGCACAAGGCAACAAUGCCACGAACGACGAUGUUUACAGCGUCGACGACGACGGUAUUCUCGACAGCAAUGCCACUACCGUCAUUCCGGGAUCGAUCGUGGCACGACCCGCCACCGCUGUGACAGUGGCCGAUGCCGUCUUGUUCCCAUGGUUCGUCCAGUUUCUUGGGUGUCUGACGGUAUUUGUCCUCUCCAGGUUCAACCUUCCCGUCCCCUUUGCGGCCGUGAUGUUCAUCUUCGGCGCGCUGAUGGGGUACGGGGCUGUGACCRACCAGGCGCUGGAGGAUCCCACGAACGACGUGCGRAAAGCCCUUCUGGAUUCGAUUACCCUGUGGAUCAACAUAGACUCGGCAACACUUCUGUUAAUAUUUCUACCCGGUUUGAUCUUCAAGGAUGCCGUGGACAUYCCGAUAAAUUUGUUCGUAGUGGCGGCAGGUGAGUUCUUUAAACAUAAACAAAAGAAWGAAAACGAUGACAAKAUAAAUCCGCUUUGGCCAUAAAAAACUUUUUGGGCACUACUAUGCCGUGAUGUAGAAGAUUAUAUCAUACAGUGAAUUCUUGAAAAAACAUUUGCAUCGUUUUGGCUAAAAUUGUUCUUCUUUCUUCUAUUUCGUCUCUUACGCGUAUUCUGCACACACAAACAAUAGUCCAGAUCUGGAUCUUAGCCUUUCCCAUGGUAUUGGUUGGAACAAUCCUGACCGGUGUGGUGGGAAAAUAUUGCCUUCCUUAUGAGUCAGCAGAUCCAGAUUCCUUUGGCUGGUGGGCCUGGGUUGUGCUGGGUGCUAUUUUGGCAUCAACGGAUCCCAUCGCUGUGGCUAGUGUUCUCAAAACAGCGGGUGCCUCCCCCCGACUGGUCAUGCACAUUUCCGGAGAAUCCCUCAUGAAUGACGGAUCCUCCUAUGUGUUCUUCCAGAUUGCUGUCCAGCUGUGGUACGCAUCCGUGGGGUURCCGGUGCAGCAAGAGCUCGGAACAUGGACGGCGGGCUUCACAUACUUCUUUCGCAUGUCCCUUGGGGGAACUGUGGUGGGRACGGUCUUYGGGUUUGGCCUAUUGGGGGUCCUGUGGGAACUGGAUAGACGGAUGGAACGAGAAUUCGACAUAAUCCAGGUCGUGUUUGGUUUGACAACGGCCUACUUGUGCUAUUUCGUCUGUGAUCAGAUCAUUACUAUGUCGGGGGUAAUAUCUACUGUGGCUUGUGGUUUGGUUGUGAACCAGUUUGGUAGAGGACUGAUUCACGACAAGGACAUGAUGUCCUCGUAUUUAGCCUUGGUGAGUUUUCUCUGAAAGGACCAGGACCAAAUUUGUGGGUGUUUCGUAAACAACAACAACUACGACAACAAAAAUAAUUUUCUUGCUCUCCAUCUCUCUGAUUCUAACAAUACCUUUCCAUGUGUGCUUCGCAUCAGGCCGACUUUUUGCUUAAUACUCUUUUGUUCGCGCUGGGAGGUGUAAUUUGGGCGGCAAUUAGCUUUUCGAAUCAACAAAGUGCGGCAGUUCAACCAAUAGACUGGGCGUACCUGAUAGUGUUCUAUAUCCUYUGUAUGGUUAUCCGGUUCGUUCAAGUUGGAAUGUUUUAUCCAAUUCUAUCUCGUAUCGGUCUCAAAUCAAAUUGGAAAGAAGGCGUCUUCCUGGCAUACGGUGGUCUGCACGGAUCGGUGGGAGUUGCCCUUGGCCUGUCGCUGAUACAAUACGUAUUCCAGAAAACAGAAGACGAAAGCAUCCGAAAGGCAGCUACAAUAUUGCAAUUUUUGGGCGGCGGAGCCACGCUUUUGACUCUCACCAUCAAUGGUACAAGCGCAGGUGCUAUUUUGAAAAUAUUGGGAUUGGUAAAGCCUCCCGUUUCGGCCGAGCACGUCAAACACGUGUUCGAGGGAGCCGCGAAAGAUUUCGUGUACACUGAAAUGAGUAAAUUGUUCCAAGAAAAGCGCUUUCAGAAGGUAGACUUCGAUAUAUUGAAGGACAAUGUCUUGUUUGUGAACAAAGAGCCUCCUAAAUUACAUAUAGAGGGUCCCGAGGUAGAAAACACUCACCAUGAAGAGACCGUYCGAGAAUUCCAUCGUCGGGUGGUAAAAGGUGGCAAACCKUAUAUCUCGCUGCUGAAUGCAACCAAACGAGCUACUGAACGGCACUUUAUCGAUCCCACCGAAAGCGAAGAAUACAAGUCUGAACUUUUAGUAGAAAUGAGGCAGAUAUUUCUCCAGCUCCUACAGGAAGCYUACAAAGUAGAAGAAGAAAUGGGGGAAUUGGAUCAGAAGCAAGACAACGGAUAUCUGUUUGACGUUUUGCUUCAGAGCGCGGACUUGGCCAUCAACGAAGUUAUAUACGACAAAAAGCCCAUCGAAGACUGGAAGCACACCGAAAUAUUCUUUCGUUGGGAUACGAUGAAGAAGGCAGAACGUCCGUCUUCGGAGAGGACUUCAUCAGUGGGGUCUAGAAUUCAGCCUAGAGCGCUAGGAGAGGAGUUACCCUCGAUGAAUUCCGAGGCAGUGGUAGCAGACACCAUUGUUUCAAAACCAAGUGUAUCCCAGGCCUCCUUUGCAUCUUCGCUCAAGUCGAUUGUUUCGUUKGAUGGAAGCGAUUCUACGACACGAAAGAAGACUCACAUGGUCGACGUGAAGAGAAUACGAUUGGAUGUUCUCCGAGCGCUUGCAUUCAUUCACGCCCACAAAAUGGCAGAGGCCAAGUUACGACUCUACGUGGAUCGCUUUGAUGAAGAUUUGGAUGAGAGCUUGCAGGCGAGGCACAGUGUGACAGACAAUGCAUUGGAGAUYGUUUUAGCUGAGUCUCACAAACAAGUGUGCUUUGCUCAUGAGAAGCUUGAUAAAGAAGUGAGUGACAAGGACCUAGACAUUGUCCUUUCGUAUCUUUGUGCCCAGAUUCUCCUUCGAAGACUCCUUAAGUUUACGGAAGAAAAGUCCGAGGAAGGAAUGAUUGGUAAGCAAGAGACUCGGGCAUAUACGCGRAGGAUGAAAGACUGCUUGGAUGAAAGCGAUGCCGAUGCUAUCCAACAACUUACGGAAUUGAGAUUGAAUGACGAUACAAGAGAUGAUUGUAAGCGCGGUCCAUCUAGCAUAUUACGAAGCAUUGUGGAAGAUAGCGAUGAUGCGAGCGCAGCCUUCGAUGACAACAAUCACCAACUUCCUGUUCGCCAUCGCCUCUUGAGCUAUUACAAAAGAUAGGGCAACACUCCUUGCUUUCUCGUGGAUUAUCCGAUGAAUCCAUGYGAUUGGUGGCAUCAAUUGCACGAGCGAUGAAACUAAAUAUAAUGAUUGGAC